AGUCUUCUCAAUAUGCUGCAUGUACUUUUGAUGAGCUUGUGGGUAUUAGGAAGUGUAACGGGACAGUCCCAAUCUCAACCCGACGACACAAACCCAUGGAGGCAGAUGAUCCAGUGGGAGAAUAAUGGACGUGUUUAUAGUCUACUCAACAGCGGAGCCGAAUACGUCCCGGCUCGGAACCAGGAACGGGAUAGGAACCAUCGAGUGCUUCUUGCUGACGCUCCAAAUCGUAGGUCACAGGGUGGAAAUGUGCGAAGACAAGCACCCUCAAGAGGGAGCUCGGAGACGGUGAGGGGUCAAGCCAGACACCCGUUUGGAUUCGGACAGGUGCCGGAAAACUGGCGGCAGCAGCAAGGUGCGGUGGGAAGAAGCGAAACAAGUCGAUUUCAGUCACAAACCGGCUCUCGUUAUAGACCGUCAUCUGGAGCAUCAUCAUCAGCAUCAUCAUCAUAUCCUCAAUAUCCAAUCCCGCAACAGCCUCCGUUCGGUGCUCCGUAUGACCAAGUUUCAGACAGGUCAUAUGAACCUCCAUUCCUUGGGACGGGGUAUUCGGCAGGCACGGGUGGAGGUUUAGGUGGAGGUGGUUAUGGAGGAUAUUCUACAGGCAGUUUCGGUGGAGGAAAUCCUGCAAAUGAUGAUCGAUAUCGAUUUUAUCCACCGUACGGUCAACAAUACCAGGCUGUUCCAGCCCAACCUGCACAGCCACCGUUCUCUGACGGUCUGGACCACAGAUACACACACAGUCUGUUCAAUGAGGAUAAUCCUGCAGUUCCUAACGGUGCUUCAAGCAAUACGGGCUCAUCCUUUCAGCCUGCGGUGCAAAGUCCACAAUAUGAACAGUUUCCGCCGUACGGAAGGCCUCAGCCGCAGCCUCCAUUUCUACAACCAGCGCCACGAAACCCGCUGGUCUCCAACACUGCAGAAAACCCCAACAUCAAUGUAGGCAGCGUUUAUCGCCCUCAACAAAGAGGUUUGCCUGACCUGGUUCCUGACCCGAAUUACGUCCAGGCCUCCACAUACGUCCAGAGAGCCCAUAUGUACUCCUUACGCUGUGCUGCAGAGGAGAAAUGUUUGGCCAGCUCUGCCUAUAAUGCUGAAACCACAGACUACAGUGUUCGAGUUCUGCUGCGUUUCCCUCAGCGGGUGAAGAACCAGGGCACGGCAGAUUUCAUGCCCAACCGGCCGCGACACACCUGGGAGUGGCACAGCUGCCAUCAGCAUUACCACAGUAUGGACGAGUUCAGUCACUAUGAUCUGCUGGAGGUCAGCAGUGGCCGAAAAGUGGCGGAGGGACACAAAGCCAGCUUCUGUCUGGAGGACACGACCUGCGACUUCGGCCAUCUGAAGAGAUACGCCUGCACUGCACACACACAGGGUCUCAGUCCGGGUUGCUUCGACACAUACAAUGCAGAUAUCGACUGCCAAUGGAUUGACAUCACUGAUGUUCAGCCAGGAAACUACAUACUGAAGCUCCAGGUCAAUCCAAAGUACUUGGUGCUUGAGUCGGACUUCACCAACAAUAUAGUGAGGUGCAAUAUCCACUACACAGGGCGCUACGCCAAGACCACAAACUGCAAAAUCUCCCAGUCAUGAUGUGUCAGAUGUGGAUGAAUGUCCAUGUAAGCGCUGUUCUAUUGCAAUGUGAAUGGAAUUCCUGACGUCGCUGUGAUCGUUUAUUGUUUUUGUCCUGGCUCCCAUUUAUGUGCUGUUCUUGUGAACCUGGGUUCAGCUCGUGCC